AUGGGUGGCGAGUUGAGCCUGGGCUUGUUGCUAAUGUUGGGAGUGUGCCUUUCUAAAGGUUCGGCUCAAUCAAACCUUCUUACUACUAAUUUUUAUGCCACUUCAUGUCCCAAUCUUGAGGCCAUUGUACAGAAUGCUGUUAGUCUGAAAUUUAGCCAGACAUUUGUCACUGUUCCUGGCACACUCAGGCUUUUCUUUCAUGACUGCUUCGUUGAGGGAUGUGACGCCUCUGUGAUGAUCCAAUCUACUGCAAGCAAUUCGGCGGAGAAAGACUUUCAAGACAACUUGUCCCUGGCUGGUGACGGAUUUGAUACUGUAAUCAAAGCAAAGCAAGCUGUAGAGAACGUGUGUCCCAACACCGUGUCCUGUGCUGAUAUCCUAGCAUUGGCUACAAGAGAUGUUAUACAACUGGCUGGAGGUCCAACGUACAGUGUGGAGUUGGGGAGAAGAGAUGGACUCAUAUCUCAAGCAUCCAGAGUCAAUGGAAACCUGCCAAAGGGUUCGUUCAAUCUCUUUCAGUUGGUCUCUCUCUUCAGAAGCAAGGGAUUAUCUUCGACAGAUAUGAUUGCUCUAUCCGGGGCGCACACAGUAGGGUUUUCUCACUGCAAUCAAUUUUCAAACAGAAUUUACAGCACUCCAAUUGACCCCACUGUGGAUCCUACUUAUGCGAGUCAACUACAAGGAAUGUGUCCAAAAAAUGUGGAUCCCACCAUUGCUAUUAACAUGGACCCUACAACACCUCGUACAUUUGACAAUGUCUACUACCAAAAUCUCAUGAACGGUAAGGGCCUUUUUACUUCUGAUGAGGUAUUAUUCACAGACAGGCGCUCAAGAAACAAGGUCAAAAUGUAUGCAAGGAAUGCCUCUAGAUUUAAUGAAGGCUUCAUACAAGCAAUCACAAAUAUGGGUCGGAUUGGUGUUAAGGUGGGCAACCAAGGUGAAAUUAGAAAAGAUUGCAGCCGCUUCAAUUAA